AUACGUUAAAAUAUGUGUGAAUUGCCACAGAGAUUUAUGUAACAUUUUUGCAUGAAAGUCCUUGUGGUCAUUCCUCAGACAACAAUUCGAGAAAGUUAUUGACGGCCAAAUUCGGAAAACGAUUAAUAGUUCCCAAUGCAUUGAUAUUUCGUUUUUCAUACGAUCUAAUACUGGCCCAUAUGUUCCCAUCUAGAUUUGCGGUUUUACCUUCACCUUCUUUUUACCUGUAGCUCCACCCUCAUAUUGCUGUUGGUUGUCAAAGUUCUCUCAUUUUUCGUAUAAAAUCGUGGACGAUUCGUUGGAAAGAAUCAGUUAUCCAGCUGUUUCAAACAAGUCAACUACUGCUCCAACAUGAAGUUCUUUAUCCUGAUUGCCUUUAUUGCGUUCGCUGCUGCCGAUUCCUACAAGGCUGCUGAAUACGAGGCUCCCAAGUACGAACCCCCUAAAUACGAGGCCCCUAAAUACGAAGAAGUGACAUACGCCCCUCAACCCUACAGCUUCGGAUACGACGUCCAGGAUAAAGAAUCUUACAAUGACUUUGAGCACAACGAGAAAUCUGACUACAACGUAGUCAGCGGAACUUACCGCGUUGUUCUCCCCGACAGCCGCAUCCAGAUCGUCACCUACAAGGCUGACGCCAACGGAUACACCGCUGAUGUGAAAUACGAAGGGGAAGCCAAGUACCCCGAGUACGCUGAGCUCCAAUCCAAAACUGGUGCUUCCUACUCCGCUCCAUCCUACAAGGCUCCCGAAUACAAACAACCGGCCUACGUCGCCCCCGCUUACACCGCGCCAUCCUACAAGGAGCCAGAGUACAAAGCCCCAGCCUACAACGCCCCUGCUGUCUACCCUAAAUAUUAAUCCGCAUUGUCAGUUGCUUUAUCUUAAUUCUGAGUUUAUUAUUUAAUAAAGUUUUCAAACGUG